AUGUUCGUUUGCAUUCAGCUGUUCAACCCUAUUUACUGUGUGCUCACGUUGAAUGUGAAGGCUAAGGAGAAGAAGUCUGAUAACGUGCUAGGAAAAGGGAGAAAUGGCAAAUGUUUCUGUUCCUGUGAUUCAUCUUUUGAAAGUUCGAGUUUGUCCACGUUCUCAUCUGUAGAGGCCCUCAUGUUGUGUUCAAUGAGGUGUUCACAAACAAGCAGCUGUGUGGCUUACAACUUCUUCACUGCAUCCAACCAGUGCCAACUAUUCAACCGAACGAUGGAAAAGUUUUCUAAAGUGUCCAGUUGUCAACAUUAUUUCAGAAGGGGAUUGUUGUUUAACAACUCAUUAAGGAUAACUGUGGACAAUGAACUGAGUGAAUUUUACAUCGACGGCAGCUCUGUACCUGUCGCAUCGAACUUUCCGAACGCAAAAGUGUGGAGUUUAACUGACACGUACAACUUCCACGGACAGCAUCACAUCAUCGCCAUCAAGUCACAAAAUUUGGGAGGCACAGGCGGUUUGAUAGCUAGAACAUCAAAUAACAACAUCCUGACCAACUCUACAUGGAAAUGUACUAGAGUAUUUUACAAUGGUUGGUAUGAGAUGGAUUACAAUGAUUUAUUUUGGCCUGAUGCUGUUGUUGGGAAAAGAGAACAAGAUACUGCUAACGCAAUGCCAACGCUGAAGCCUGCACUGUGGAUCACUGAUGCAACUGACUGCUACGACUGCACAGCUGAUUUUUACUGCCGAAAAGAUUUCAUAGCGUAUGUUUCUAUGGAGACUUGCACGCCUGGCCAGUAA